AUGGCGCUGGGCGCGGGGCGGCCGGUGACCGCCGCCACCGGCGCCGAACCCGAAAAGUUGAAGCGCGACCGGCGGCGGCGGGGGGGGCAGGCGUCGGUGGGGAACGGCGGCGAUCGCGGCGUCGCCAACGACAACGGUAACCGCCGGCGGCGACGGCGGCGGGGUGCGGACUCACUUCCACACCUUCCCGUGCCUGGAGGACUUCUGCGCGGUGCAGCGCAGCCACCGCAUGCUGGAGGAGAGCGGCUUCUACUGGGGCCACCUGUCCAGCGCCGAGGCGGCCGCGGCGCUGCUCGGCAAGCCGGUGGGCACCUUCCUGGUGCGCGACAGCCGCCACGGGCCCACUUCUUCUCGCUGAGCGCCGUGACGGAGCGGGGCCCCACCAGCGUGCGCGUACAUUUCCGCGCCGGCGCCUUUGCCCUCGACACGGUGCAGGAGGCGGUGCACGCGGCGCCGCGCUUCGCCAGCCUCAUGGAGCUCAUCGAGCACUACAUGGGCGAGUCGCGCCGGCUCGACCGGGCCGGGGGGGGGGGCGGCGGCGACGACGACGGCGGCGACCGCCGGCACCGGCGCCGCGACGGGGCGCGCUACUGCGUGACGCACGACGACGGCACGCGCCUGCCGCUGCUGCUGUCCCGCCCGCUGCCCCGCCACGCCGGGGCGCCGCCGUCCAUGCAGCACGCGUGCCGCCGCGCCAUCCACCGCGCCGUGCCCGGCGAGCGCCUCGCCGAGCUGCCGCUGCCCGCGCCGCUCGGGACUUCCUCGAGAGCUACCCGUCGCAGGUGUGAGCCGGCGGACCCGCGGGGGCGGAGGGGGGCGGGGGGUUGA